CUCCCACUUCAAACUUGUGCAAACGUUGUCCUCAGCACGACCAUGAUUUCCGACGGAGAGAGGUUUGCGUGUGAAAGCUGCAUUCGGGGCCACCGCGUCUCUCAAUGUCAGCAUGCUGACCGGCCACUUCAACGCGUCCAGAAAAAGGGCCGCCCAGUAUCCCAGUGCGGUCACUGCCGCUCGCUGCGCACUUCACGAUCUGUUCAUACGAAAUGCAAAUGCGGGUCAACGUCACGCACCGCCAUGUUGAAGCAAUUUGGAAGAGAUCAUUGCCGCUGCUGCGAGGGAGAGACCUGUAUCUGCGCCCAUAAGAGCCCCCAGACGGCGGCAGACGGACACCCCGCCACGAUAUCCGCUGGCAAACAUUCUAGGCUGUCUGCUACCACAUCACAAGCGGACUCUGGAUGUGAAGCUGCAGACAUCGCCCCGGGGCCGCCGCAGUCAGGCCAUGUUGAGGUCGCAGGGACAGCCCACCGUACCACAGAACUCGAUACUACACAUUUUGUGUUGGGUGAUACGGCCCUGGACAACUGGCCUUUCGGUAGCCUGAUUGACACUUCGACGGCGCCAUUAGAUGGCCACUUGACCGACUUCGCAACUCUUGACACACAAAACUGGAUCGAAGGGCCUUUGUAUCCACCCACAACCAUGGACACAAACGAGUCAACCCAUGCCACUAUCCCGAACCUUGAUGAUCUAUUGUUAGCAACCCAUCCUUUCAGCUUGUUUGAUCUUUUCAGUGAAUUGCCACAAGGGGACCAGUUUCAGAUCGACAGUGCCCAACUCGCCAGGUUUGGUGACUGGAACUCGUUAGACUUCACGGCGCCGAACCAUCACCAUGAUGAACAGUGGUUCAGCCAGCCUUGACUUCGCAAAUUUACAUCGCCCGUCUCUGAUCGGGUUUUCCCGUGAAAAGGCGCCGGAUCAU